AUGUCUGAGAAACGGUCGCUAGAUACCGAUGCGCCGCAGGGAUCUGCACCUUCUACUAAAAAACAGGACUCUCGCGGUAUCGCUCACAUUAAGCCUGAAUAUAUAGUUACUGCAAGUGUUACUGACACCCGCACUUCGGAACCACAGCAUGAGGAAGAAGAGCCAGUCUCCGACCGUAUAUCCACCGGCGCUGCCGGAAAGAAGGGUAAGCAGAAGAAAAGAGGCCAGAACAAGAACAGAAACAACAUCCAGGUGAAGGAGCAGCACCAGCUGUGCUCGAAGCUGGUGCUCGGCACCGGGAAUGGCCAGGAAUGUCCCUUCGGCGACCAGUGCCGCUAUGUGCACGACAUCGACGAGUACCUCGCUCACAAAAAGCCCGAGACGGAAAGCGCGUAUUUCUCGUCGUGUCCUGUGUUCGAGACGCUGGGCCGCUGCCCCAUGGGGUUCAAGUGCCGGUUUCUGUCCUCGCACUACGACUCUGCGACCAAGCAACUGCAAUCCAAGCCCGAGGCAGAGACCCAGAAGCUCUACGAUGCGAAUCGCGAGGUUAAUCACAUAGCCGCCGACAAGAAGCUGGACUUGAUCAAGAGGCGCUUCCCCUUCGAGAAGAGCGAGCAUGUGCUUGAAAUCAUAGAUGCGAUACAGCAGGAAUACCGAGAUGGCAUGAACGAAGCGCAGCAGGCGCAUGCCUCCAAGAAGGCGAAAAGCGACGAGUCAGCCGCGCCUGCUGGCGAGAGCUCAGAAGCACCAGUCAAGGAGGGGCCCGUGGCUCCUCAGGUUGCUCAACGCGAGCGCGAGCUGGAGGAGAAGAGACAGCGCCAGAAGGAUUUGUUCCUGCAGUACAAGGAUACGCGGUUUUUCGCGCAGGAAAAGAAGCCAUUGGAUCUUCACAACAAGAAAAUCGUUUCUCCGCUAACUACUGUGGGGAACCUGCCUUACCGCCGUCUGAUGCGCAAGCUUGGCGCAGACGUCACGUACUCGGAGAUGGCCCUGGCAGUACCACUGAUCCAGGGAACAAACUCUGAGUGGGCGCUCCCCAAGGCCCACGUGAGCGAGACACCAGGGUUCGGUGUUCAGAUUGCAUGCUCUAAGGCAUGGCAAGCCGCGAAAGCCGCCGAGGCCUUGGCCGCAAAUGUUCAGGACGUUAGCGAGAUCAACUUGAACUCUGGGUGUCCGAUCGAUCUUCUAUACAGGCAGGGCUCCGGAAGUGCGCUUUUGGACAACCCAGCUCGUAUGUUCAGAUGCUUGAACAGCAUGAGCUACGUGUCCGGGGAUAUUCCAGUUACCGUCAAAAUCCGUACAGGAACGAAGGACGGUCAUCCCAUGGCUGAGGGCUUGGUCCGCAGGCUGGUGAGCGAAACAGAUGUGGCCGCAAUCACCCUUCAUGGGCGUACGAGGCAGCAGAGAUACACUAGAAACGCCGACUGGGACUACAUCAGCAAAGUGGCCAGCACUUUGAGAGAGGCGGAGCACGAGGUCGAGGAGAAGGACAAGGAAAGGAGGGAGGGCAAGCUGCGCACGCAGUUUGUUGGCAACGGAGAUGUCAACAACUUCGAGGACUGGUACAAGCACGUGGAAGACGAGAACAUCGACAGUGUGAUGGUGGCGCGCGGUGCGUUGGUGAAGCCCUGGAUUUUCGAAGAGGUCGAGGCCCAGCAGCACCUGGAUAAAAGCAGCGCGGAAAGACUGGACAUCCUCAAGGACUACGCGCACUUCGCGAUGGACCACUGGGGCACUGACGAGUACGGGAUCUCGCAGAGUCGUAGAUUCUUCUGCGAAUUCAUGUCUUUCUUCCACAGAUACGUGCCAAUGGGCAUCUGCGAGCGGUACCCUGUGCUGCUGAACGAGAGGCCGCCCAACUGGAAGGGCAGAGACGAGAUGGAGACACUGCUGGGCAGCACGGACGUGAACGACUGGAUCAAACUGAGCGAAUUGUUUUUUGGCAAGACGGACGAGAACUUCGUGUUCAUGCCAAAGCACAAGAGCAACUCGUAUGCCAACUGA